UCAUCAAAACCCCAUAACCAGUUUUUUGUCUUUCUCUGACUGGCUAACCUUGAGAAGAUUUCAUUAGAACCCGACAUUCAUGCGGAUAACCUCAGAUGACAACAAGCGACUCAACAGAAUAGCCAUUGGAACAAAACACUCUCUUGUCACUUCAGUAAACAAAAUGAAACUUCCAAUCAUCGCAACACUAGUAGCUUUCACAUUUUACCAAGCAUUUCUUCCCGUGAAUUCGCAAAGACAAAUAGAAAGUCGACGUGUACGCCCCUAUGAAGAGAAAUGUGACCGAGGCUCGGGUAGAUGCAACGGAUACAUCGAAGAGAAAGAUCACGAUUUCAAGACAGACAGUGACAAAGAACGGCCGCCAGAGCUCACUAGAGACGGUUUCCCGUCCGCUGGAAGUGGCCGACCAGGUAUUGGCGCUGAUUACAAACCUAAACCAGUGGGCGAUAGACCAGGUUAUGAUCCAAAGCCUGUUGGUGGUGGAGGUGGCUACAAUCUAAAACCUGCUGUUGACAGAGAUGACUACUUGCCAAAACCCGCUGAAGAGCCUUCAGACUACGGUCAUAAACCAGACUCUAUACCAACUGAUGACGAUUAUUAUCCAAAACCCACUGUAGACAGAGAUGAAACUUAUCCUCACGGUGGAGGAGGUUAUAAUCGUAAGCCACCAGUGGUUAGAGACGAGUUAAAACCAACUCGAGGUGGUGUUGGCGGAGGAGGGUACAAUCCUAAACCAGUUCGGGAAGGAGUUGGAUUAGGUGGUUAUAAUCCGAAACCAGUCGUCGACAGAGAUGAUUAUGAUCCUAAACCAGUUAGAGGAGGAGUGGGUGGUGGUGGUUACAAUCCAAAGCCUGUGAUCGAUAGAGACGAAUACAAUCCCAAACCGGUUCGAGGAGGUGGCGGCGGUGGUGGCUACAAUCCAAAACCAGUUGUUGAUAGAGAUGAAUAUGAUCCUAAACCAGUUGGAUUAGGCGGAUAUAAUCCCAAACCAGGUGAUAGAGAGGAUCGUAUCAAUAAACCUGGUGGUGGCGGGUAUCUUCCCAGGCCUGUCGAUGAUGAUGAUUACAUUCCCAGACCUGUAGGAGGAGGUGGUGGUGGUGGAUAUCCCACUAAGCCUGACAAACUUGAUCUCGGUGGAUACGACAAACCUAAGGAGGGCGACUAUACUGUUGGCGAAGAUACCGGGGAUGAUUAUUUUCCUCAAGGGAAACCUGAACCGGUUGUGGAAGGAAACUGCAUAUGUGUUCCUUACUAUCAGUGUCAGGAUGGACACAUCGUUACUGAUGGUUCGGGUAUCAUUGAUGCGAGAAGGAAAACUCAGCCUGAAGAUCUUGAAGAGCCUGAACUUCCUUUGGACGGAAAGUUCAAACCCCCAUCUUGUGGCCCGUACCAUGUGUGCUGCGAUACCCCCGAAUCUUCUACGGUGAAACCUUACCAGCACAAGUGUGGAGUACGCAACCCUAGUGGCAUCAACAGCAGGAUUCUGUCUCCAAGCAACAAGGGAGAAGCCGAUUUCGGAGAGUGGCCCUGGCAGGCAGCCGUCCUGAAAGCCGAAGGUAAAGUCAAUAUCUUCCAAUGUGGAGGAGUUCUCAUUGAUAAAUACCAUGUCCUAACUGUUGCACACUGCGUAUUCCAUUUAUACAAAUACAACGAAUACCCACUGAAAGUCAGACUCGGUGAAUGGGAUACUCAAACCACGACUGAAUUUCUGGCCCACGAAGACUACAAGGUGUCCAAGAUCAUCGUCCACCCCGACUUCCGAAACACCAGUCUCUGGAACGACAUCGCUCUCCUGAGACUCGAGGAACCCGUUCUCUUCGCCCCGCACAUCGACACCGUUUGUCUGCCAGAAUACGACGAGAUCUUCUCUGGGCAGAACUGCGUUGUCACAGGGUGGGGCAAAGAUGCAUAUAAGGGCGGCACCUUCUCCAACAUUAUGAAAGAAGUCGCCCUGCAGGUCAUUGACGAUUACAAGUGUGAAGAAAUGCUGCGAAAAACCAGAUUAGGUCGAUUUUUCCAAUUACAUGAAGGAUUCUUGUGCGCUGGUGGAGAAUACGGAUUGGAUUCUUGCAAGGGUGAUGGCGGUGGACCUUUGGUGUGCUACAGAAAAAACAAAAGCUAUGCUCUGGCAGGUAUAGUAUCCUGGGGUAUUGACUGCGGACAGCCAGGUGUGCCUGGUGUGUACAUGAAGGUACAGAAGUACUUGGACUGGAUAAGCAAAAACACUGGCGUCAGCUUACAGGAAUACUGGCCAACCCGUGCAAAAGCGUGAUGUGCUUAGUUUUGAUAAUUAUAUUGCUUUAAUUAAAUAUUCGCGAUAUUUUAGAAUAAAAAAACAGCAAUCAUUUAUCUUCCUAUAAGGACCAAAGACAUUGCAGCCAAUUUUUAUUCAUGAAUUUAAUUUUGAUUCAUUCAAUUUUGAUAGAUUUAAGGAAAUGUGUUACAUUUUCCUUACUAUAUUGUUUCUAUUUGAAUUUGUGAUAAGUAAUAAUGAUUAUGUAAACAUAAAAAAUUAAAAUGGUUUACAUUUUA